AUGGUAAAAUUGGGUGCUACAGCUGCGCUCUCCUGUGCUGUGGUUGUGCUAUUUGCGACUCUACAUUCACCAAGGGCGUUAAAGAGGUCGGAGGCCUACUCAGGAUUCGACACAAGGUGGGGGAUCCCUUACUUGAAGGACCAUUCCUCAGAGGCUCAGACAUCAAAGCUUCCUCUUGGCAUCGGGCUUGCUCAGGUGAAUCGAAAGCCCAGUCACGAAACUACAAUGGCGCUCAUCCGUACACUCUUCGUCAUCCUGGCCUUCCUUAGCCACGUGUCCAGCACUCCCCUUCACGAGCCUGACACCGACGUCAUCCGCCAAGGGAGCCGGAAGCUCUUACAGCUGCCCUCCCCUCCCCCAGCCCUACUCUCCCCGACCAACCCCAAAACCUUCAUCCUCCCCUCCCCCCCCCCUGCUCUAACUCUUCCAGCUACCCCCCCAAGCACCAUCACAUCUCUCCAAACCGCCCCCGCACCAACCCCAGCUUACUCCGUCAUCCCGCCCCCUCCUAUGCCGAUCCCCACGGUCAGUGAAGUCAGCACCGAGUCACCCAUACUGGUCGUCACUCAGGCCCCCGCUGCCAACGUCAUCGCCGUCAGCAGCCCGGCGCUGAUCGAGGUUCCGGGCCUGCCAGGGGCGUUUCAACCGACGGACCACUCAGAGCUUCUGCGCACGGUCAGGAACCUGAAUUCAGAGCCCGGUACAGCCGAGUAUGAACAGUGGUUCACGACCCCCACACCAGCAAACCUGGGCGGUGUAUCACAGUUUCCCCCGGUGCUGAGGUUUUCCAAGAGCGCCUCUCUGACGGUACCAUUCGAGCUCGAUCCAGCAACAGCCGCUCUCUGCGGUCCCACGUGCACCGCUGUCUGCCAGGUCGAUGACGCUGCUCCCGAGCCCUGUGGCAACACCCGGGCGACCUUUGAGACGACCGGUCUGGACGACGGCGACCACAGGGUGACGGCUGCCUUCUAUUCGGCCCCCGGCGCGUCAGCCCCGGUCGCCCUUCUCAGCACCUUCGUCACUGUUGACACGACCCCCCCCACCAUCUCCAUCGCCCUCGAAGCUGACGUCAGCGAGACGCCCAAGAUCUUUGUCGACGCCAGCGGCGAACGUCAGACCGUGUUCAUGGCGUGGGAUUCGCAGGAGCCUUGCCCCGGUUACGCGGUUGCCAGCGAACCGGUCGGCCUCCUGACGUCAGACGCUUUUAAUCUGGAGAACGCGCGGUUGGUCAACUUCCGGGAGGACACGUCAGCAGCCGGAAGGCGCCGGGCGCUGCUUCAGGCGACCGGGGAUUUGCCCUCCGGUCCAAUCGCCUACUCUUUCCAAAUCGUACCGAUCGGCACCGGCCCAUUGCUGAUCAGGAUUGGCGUUAACCCGGCCAACGUUUUCGACCGGGCAGGGAACCCUCUCCAACUGUCUGCCGCGUCGUCGUACGUCUUGUAUCACGAUUCCGCUCCUCCGACCGCUUUCCUUCAGCUGGUGAACAAGGACCCGAACGGCGUGGUCGCACUCUCGACGGAACCCGGGGUUUCCCGUGACCAGGAGGUGACGCUCGUGCUGACGUUUGACAAGAAGGUGUUCGGAUUCGACGCAAACACGAUGGCUAUCACUAAUGGCACGAUCAUUAGGGCCGGUCCGAACGCUGCCACAGCGGACGGCUUUUCGUACGUCCUGACGGUUCUCAUCGACCGGAAAGCCAAUCUCGUCAUCCAAGUUCCUGCCGACAGCGCCUUCAGUAUUGUGGGCACCGGGAACACUGCGUCCAAUCAGCUGCAAGUGCUGCACUACGAGGUCAACAAGGGGCUUCAGACCGGAAUCCGCGCCGUUGCGGUCGCUUCCGUGGGGGUCAUGGCUGCUGGCGGAAUCAUGCAGCAGUCUUCGAGCCUCUUGAUCAAUGUCGCCUCCAGCCUCAGUCUAUUUGCCGCGCGUCAGAGCCUCGACGCUCCUCUGCCGACCCCCUACAUCGACGCCAGUUCCGCUCUCGCCUUUUCCCUUUUCCGCUGGCCUAGCCCCUUCGACGGAAUCGCCCACGACAGCCCCAUCCCCUACACGGACCGCCCCCAGGCGCUCGGUUCCGGUGUUCCGGCGAACGGAAUCCUCGCUGCCACGAGCGAGCGGAACCGGCGGGCGCUCCUCCAGGCGGUGACGCUGCCCGCCAACGGAACCAGCGGAACGGUUCCGGCCAACACGAAGCUGCUGAACCAGGCCCGUCCGAGGACGUUCUAUUCCGGCGGAAACGUGUCGUUCGAGGCGUCGCCUGCGGAAUACAGCAAAGAACUGAGCAUCAACUCGCUCAGCUUGUUCCAGCAGCCAGGACACAACGGACUCCGCAGCCUUCUCCGCGUCAUGUUUUGGGUCACGGUGAUCCUUUUCGCGCUCUGCGUCCUGCACCUGCUCAAGGGCCCGCUGUCCCGGUGCCUGGGCAAGAACGCGUCCCCCGCUUUCCUCGCGUUCCCCGCCUUGGAGCUGACCUUCUUCUCAAUCGCGAUCGUCGGCCUCGGCUACGUGGCACUCGGGGCGAUCGUGGGCGCUUCCCCUUGGGGGAUCACUCUGGGCCUGCUGGUUCUGAUGGUGAUCCUGGGCUUCUUCCUCUUCGUGCUGUCCAUCCUGGCACGCCACGUCAUGAUGAGCAAGUCGGUCGCCUUCGUCUCCGAGCAACACCGCGCGGGGGGGGGCCUCGCCGCCUGGUUCCGUGCCCCCUUCCGCGGCACCUGGGAGCCGGUGGACUCCGAGAGCGGCGACCUAUUCCUGGCGAAGUACGGCUUCUUCUUCUCCGACUACUGCGGCCGCCCGUCCGAACUGCUCAGUAUCGCUCCGCACCUCUCCGUUUCGACAUCCCGCAAGGGCGCCCCGAGCGGCCUCUCUUUCAAAGGCGGACCGGUGGAAGACGCCGAGGGCCUGCUGACCGGGGGAUCCCCCCCGAUCGCCGAAGCCCCUCUCGAGGGAACCCCCAAAUCUGUCGACGACGCGGGAGCGAAGUUUAUCGACAUCGAAGAAGCGAAGGAGCCCGCGCUCGGAGAAGCCAAGCCCCAAUCGCCCACCCGCGGUGACGUCAGCAACGAGGCGCCCGGUAAAGUGGUGCGGGUUCGCCGUAGGCUGGGGAACAUGGAGUUCGCGUAUUACACCAAGCCCAAGUCAUCCAAGAAGCUGCUCGAGGCCGCGCCCGGAAUUCCCGCGCCGGGGACAAAGCUGCUCCGCAGCCAGAGCUCGCGCACGGUGCACCGCGUCGGGAAGGUCGGCGUGGGCGCGCACCUGCGCCCCGGGUGGAAGAUGAUGUACCUCCUCGUCGUGGCCAUCGAGGCCGCUCUGCUGGGCGCCACGUACGGAGUGCGCGCGUCCUACUGGCAGCUCUGCUUCCUCGUCGCCAUGCGGGCGCUGCUCGUCAUCGUUCUUUUCCUCCUUAAGCCGUUCGUGGUGGCCACCCUCCAGCUGGCGGAGCUGUUCAGCUGCGUGUGCGAGCUGGCUGUCGUCACGCUCGCGUUCGCUCUCGUCAUCAAGCAGGACGUCAGCCCCGAGGGCCGGCUGCGCAAGAACGAGGAGGCGCUCGGCUACACCAUGAUCGCGCUCCAGCUGCUCGCGGUCUUCAGCAACGUCGUCAACACGCUCGUCUCGUUGACGCUGAAGGCCGUGGCUUGGUUCCGAGGCAAGGCGACGGCGCUCCCGGUGCACUUCUAG